AAGUGAGUUUAUAAUGCUUUGUUUGAAGGCUAGUUAGCAUCCAGGCUAAGCUACAUCCGCAGCUAAUGUAACUGUGAGGAGAUCAGCUGUUAGCCGCACUGCUAGUUUAAAAGUUACUUUUACAUCCAAAACUCGCUUCUAACUCUCUAAUUUGGUGUUUUAAAGCUUUUAAACUGGUUCCACACACCACUUUUAUAGCCUUUCGUCGAAGCGUUUUAAUUUCAACUACGUCUUUUGUCAAACUUCAGCUCUGAGGCGAUUAAACUACACGUUUAUUUUGAAGUUGUUGCUCGAACAAGACAGAAAAAUCGAUUUAAUUGUGAAUAUAAAGGCCUAAACGUGAGGUAAAUCUUAUUUAAAAGGGUUUGACGUUUUCGAAACUUUUCAAACUUUAAAUGUCUAACUUCUAAGAUGAAUAAUUUAUUAGUGUUCUCGAACUCUUUCAUUCAUAAAAUGGCCGUUUUAACUUCAUUCAGGCUUGAAUAUAGUGAGAUUUUUCAGUGAUUUUUGUUAAAAAAUAAACUUUUUCUGAAUACAAGCGUUCGCGUCUGAACUAUGUGCCAUGUCUUUUGUUGUAUAAGGAGGCAGAUAGUGAUAAAAAUGGAGUGUGUUUUGUAAGGACAGGCUCAUAAACGCACUCAAACGGCACUGUUAGUAUCCAGAGACUUUAUAAACGCGGAUGAUGGCGGAUUUCGUGGUGCCGCGGCACAACGCGGUGAUGGAGCGGCUGCGGCGGCGGAUCGAGCUCUUCCGGCGGCAUCACACCGGCUGCGAGAAGCGCUAUGAAAGCACGGCCGGGGAGCGGCAUGAGAUGGGUCGGCAGCAGACCUAUGCCCUGCACCAGCGCUGUCUGCAGACCAAGGCCAAGCGCUCGAACAAGCACCGGCAGCCCGCGGCGGCGAGCGCGGACCCGGCGGGGCAGAGAGGGACCGGCGGCGGCGGCUCGGAGCUGGCGGACGGAGGGAGCGGGACGCCCGGGGAGCAGAGCAGAAACAACACGCUGAUCGCGUUACAGGAGACUGUGAAGAGGAAGUUGGAGAAUGCUGGUUCACCUCUUGGCCGUGACCAGGUCAAUGGAUUCACCGAUGGCUACCCGCCCAAUAAAAAGGCCUGUGUUGAGGACGCACUAGCCGGUCGUAACGGGGUCUCAAAUGGCACCGUGCCUCCUCUUUCACCCAUGGACACUAAACAUAAUGUGAGCACUGACGGCAUGAUGGCCAAUGGGAACCACCGAGCGGUCGGCGCAGAGCACAACGGAGCAGGAAUAAACGAUAGCGCCGCGUCACGGGGCACAGAGUCCGAUUUCCGCCUGAAAGAAAUGAAGCAGGAGCCGGUGGACGAUAUCUUGCCCUGCAUACUGCCCACAGGAGGUGCGACCGGAAACAACAGCCUCUUCCCUGACCUCAACCUCGACGAUCAGGACUGGAGUGAGAUCAUGGAGGAGUUCAACCGCUCCGUACCCUACGAGGACAUCCAGGAGCUCUUCAGCGACAGCUUCGGCGAUCGCAAAGACCCGGAGCUCACGUCCACCGCGGCCCAGAGCUUGAUCCCGCCAGAUCUGGCGAGCGUGAAGACUGAAUUUUCCCCCGCUACGGCUUCCUCUGCCUUCGAUCAGGACUCUUGUAACGGUUCACCUCAGGUGAGACCCACUUCAUCCGGGCCGCCGCUUCACACCAACUCCCCUGUAACGGCUCCGGCCACGUCGCCAGCCCUGCCGCAGCACUCACAACAGCCCAACAGACCACUCCCAAAUCACAUGAUGCCCGUCCCACCCAAAGACCUGUCCCCCGCGCAGCAGCUGCAGCAGUUAGCAGCACGCGAACAGCAGAGGGCGAUAUUACAAAGCCAGCAGCAUGUGGUUCAGAAGCCGCCUCAACAAAAACCUCAGCAACCGCAAGCGGCGAAAUUCCACCAGCAGCCGAACCACUCUACAUCUUGGCCCCAAAACGCUCCCAGCCAAAGUCAAAUGGGUGGGACCACCAGCCCUUCUUUGUACCCACAAGACUUCCCCAACCCCAAGACCCUGCUCAUGCCGAACAAGGGUUCUCCAAAAGCAGGCACUCCGGCCGGGUACAUGCAGCCCGGCGGCCACGCCAACAUGUUGAGCCACCCAGCAGCGCCCACGGGGCCGCUCGGCCACCCGCCCAACCCAGGGUCCCAGGCGGCCAUGUUGGACUACAAUAACACUAAACCCCUGUCCCAUUAUGAGGCCGGAGCGGCAGGCGCACCCAGAGGCCCUCCGACCACACAGAGCCAGAACAAACAGAGCCAGGUCAUCCUGAACCUGAUGCGACAGCAACAGAUGCAGAAGCAGAGGCCGCCCGGCAUGAACUUCAGACCAACGCACCUCCAGCAUGCUCCGGAUUCGGGGUCAUACCCCUCCACCGCUCACGUUCCUGGCCCCGGAAACACCAUGACGCCGCAGCCCAGCAGCAACAGCAUCCCGGCUAACCAUAGUAACACUGCCUACAUAAAGCAGCAGCAGCAGAUGCAGUUGAUGAGCCAGCAGCAGAAGCAGUUCCUCCAGAGGCAGAUGAUGGCCGAGCAGGAGAAGCAGCGGCAGCAGCAGGAACAGCAGCUGCAGAGGCAUCUGACCCGUCCACCACCUCAGUACCAGGACCAACAGAACCCGCAGGCCCAGCAGAACCCAUUCCAGCAGCAGCAGGUGCCGCAGUUCGCCGGUGUGCCACCCUGCCUGGCCCAGCAGCACCCCUCAGGCUUCCCCGAACACACCAUCUCCGGUGCAUCUCAACCAAUAGGAAAUGUCAACUCUCUCAGUGGCGCCGCCCCCGGAACGCAGCGGAUGUUCCCUCAGACGCAAGGCAUGAUGGGAAUGGGGGUGGGCCAGAAUGCUGGCCCAACCACUGGUCCCUCUCCGGCUGCCAGUCAAGCAGACAUGAGCCUUCCAUCCUGUGCAGGCGGUCUCGACGUGCAGCAAGUCCUCUACGCCAACAUGCCCAUGCAUCCCUCCCAUCCCAACCAGCAGAGACCACAAAUGUCCGCCAUGUCUGCCGCUUACCGACAGAACGUUCUGGCGGCCCAGCAACAAGCACACUUGAAAAACCAGCCCAAUGCUGCCAUGAUAAAGCAGCAGCAGCUGGCCCGUCUACCCAACAGCAUACCCAAUGCCAUGGCUAAUAGCAUGGGCUCUGCUAUGCCAACCAGUAUCCAGGGUGCCUUGCCCACACAAGCCCAGUCCUGGCAGCAGCAGCCGCCCCAGCAGCAUCCAGGUCUCCAGCCCGGCUCUGCUAACGGAGGCAUGCCAGCAGGUUUCCCCAACUCCGGCUUCCACAUGCAGUCAAGAUUGUCCAAACUUCCCAGCAACACCCCGUUUCCUCAGGGUGCCAUGGGAAAUAGUGCGGCAGGUCGAACCUUGGCAGGCAUGAACCCUGGACAGAUGAUGCCUAACAUGAACCAACAACGGACAAAUAUGCCCCAACAACUGCCCGCUCCCGGCCAGCAGACGGCCCAGCAGGGGCAGCCGCAAGUGCCGCCUCAAACCCAACAGGUUCUGCCCGAUUUGGGGCCCUUCAGCCAGCCACAGGCCGGACCCAACCGCACCGCUGGACUUCAGUGCAAUCAGACUUAUCAGCUCAACAGGACAGCCAAUCAGCAGCUCCAGUUUAGCUACAACGCCCAGUCGGGAAGCAGCUUGUCUGGAUUUCCUGCCGAGACUGACCUGGUGGACACUCUGUUGAAGAAUCAAUCGACUCAAGAGUGGAUGGACGAUAUAGACGAGCUGUUGGCCAGUCACCAAUGAGUGAUAACGUAGCCAAUGCUGGUGCCUUCGGUAGAAAACAUGAACGUCCGGUUUUGGAUGUUACUGCUCGUAUCACGGUCAGAUCUGCUGUGUUCUCUAUUGAAUAUGUAUAUGGUGUAUAUAAUAGAAGUCGAGUAGAGCACAGAGCCUGCGUCACUGAAGUAUUCUCUGGACUGGAAGUUUCAAAGAG